AUGGGAUCGGGGUUCACUCCUGCGCCUCUCCACAUCUGGUCAAAUAACGCCAGGGGCCUCAACGCGCCGGAGCGGAGAUCGCAUAUCCUGCGCUCCCUGUGGAGCGAGAAGGUAUCCAUAGCGUUCCUCCAGGAGACACACUUCCUGGGGGACAGGGGCCCAUCGCUACGCGACUCACGAUUCCCACUGGGUUACUUUGCAAACCAUCCUACGACAAAAAGGGCUGGAGUGGCGAUCUUACUGGCCCGCACAGUCCCGUUCGUCUGUACGGGGAUUGAGUCGGACCCAAUGGGACGCUUCAUCUUCAUCAAAGGCUCUAUAGCGGAAUGCAUAUACACCUUUGCCUGCGUAUAUGCCCCGAACAUACACCAACGCAAAUUCCUCAGACAGACGCUGACCAAGCUGGAGAGGUUCCGCGAGGGCUUUCUAAUAAUGGCCGGGGACCUGAAUGUCGCCCUGGAACCAGGAACGGACACAUCCAGAGGAGUGAGUGCAUUUUCACCACAUGGCUUACGGUCCAUCAGAAAUGGGCUGCGGGACGCCGGCCUGGUGGACGCCUGGAGGGCGCUUCACCCCUGCGACACAGAUUUUACUUAUUACUCUACAGUCCACAAACGAUAUAGCAGACUGGAUUAUGUGUUCCUGGCCCAGGAGCUCUUACCCAUGCUCCUUUCGGCAGACAUACGUCCCAUGGGAUGGUCGGACCACUCACCGGUAUCUGUACAAAUUCGAUCCCCACUGUUCCGCCCGACUGGGCGUCAGUGGCGCAUGAACGAAUCCAUCCUUACCGACGUGCCUAUUGCCGCAGACAUCC